AUGGCCGCCGUUGAUAUCACCUCAAAUGGGUUGAGUGAAAGCGCAAGACCUGCAGAGCCGCUACUCGCAUCCCACUCGAUCGACGACAAAGACCUCAGUGAGCUGCUAGAGAGCUUGUGCAGCGUCAGUAUCGAGAAGAAACGACUGCGGAGUGGAGUCAAGAGCUUCGAUGAUGCACUGAGCGGCGGACUACAUAGUGGACGGAUUGUGAGAAUCAGCGGAGAAGCUGGAGCGGGUGCGAGCCAGAUCUGCUGUACCCUACUCAUAGACUCUCUUCUUCAAUAUGAGAACUCGGCGGCUGCUGUUAUUGAUACAACAGGCAAUUUCGAUGUGGUCCGAUUGUACGCAAUGAUUGUUGCACGACUGUCUCAACGACCAAGGCUCACGGCUUCACUGCACUCUGCAAUCAAUCCAGAACCCGGAGCUUCGACCGAGGAUCUGUCAGCCAGGAUUCUGGACCGCGUUAAGAUCAUGCGGGUUUUUGAUUUUGUUGGUGUGAGAGAGGCCAUCGAGGAGCUUAAGGAUGAUAUUGCAGGGCAGAAUGUUGCGGAACCCACCCUGGUAAAUGAGAAGAUGAAAGAAGCGCUACCAGUCGAAAAGGUGAAGAUGAAGCGGACAUAUGUCGCGGACUCUGAGGACGAGGAAGACGACGAGGAGAUGUUGUUCGAUUCAGAAUCUACCGUUACCGCAGCAGCACAACCAGCAAAAGACCAAGAAGGAGCGGAGGCACGACAACUCGAGCCAGUGGGAACGCUAGGAAUCACGCACGCGGAAGCAAAGCGAGGCUACAUCAAAUUCAUGCUAGUCGACAGUUUUGCCCAUGUCUUCAACCCAUUGUUGAGAACCGAUUACAUUCGAGGUAUUUGGUCACAAUCACAUUUUCAUUGA